AAGUUGGUGGUGAUUUCGUUUCUGGCUGCUACCUUUACGAGUGCGAACACUGCUACAGCAAUGGAUUCGAGAGAAAUUUGAUAGAACUUUUCGGUUUUCGCACCUCACUGGAACCCCGUGGGUGAUACAUGUAACAACUGUCGAGCGAGCGUAUCUCUUCACGAUAACCCAUGACACUGAGUCGAGACAGCCGUGUACGCGUGAAAAAUGAUAUCAUCCCAACCGGACUCGGUCAGCGUGCUUCUGCUGACGAUGGUGGCAAUGUGUUUUCUCCUCCGAUCGGCAGCCGGAUUGCAGCAGAAGCAUCAUCGGGAUGUGCCACCAUCGCCGGCGUUGCUGAUGACGAACGAAAAUACUCUGCUCAACGAUGUCCACGAGUACGAACUGACACAGGCGCAGAACUUCCAGCGGCAGGACACGCUGCAGCGAGCUUGUACGCAGCUUAGGGAUCAACUGGAGUACAAAUCACUGGACGAGUUGAACUCCUUCCAAUCGAACCACCUGUUGAUCGACGAGGGUCACAAGUUCCUGUACUGCUACGUUCCAAAGGUGGCCUGCACCAACUGGAAGCGCAUUCUCAUGAUCAUGACAAACAAAUGGAACGGCUCGGACCCGCUCCAGAUCCCGGCUGAUACGGCACAUUCGAACGGAAUGUUCCGCACGUUCAGCUCACUCAACGCAACGGAACGGCAAGCCGUCCUGGCGGACUACAGUCGCUUCGUUCUGGUACGGCACCCAUUCGAACGACUGCUGUCCGCCUUCCGCAACAAACUGGAAGGUAACUCCAAGAGUGCAAAAUAUUUUCAGAUGCGCGUUGGCAAGCUGAUCGUGAAAACGUUCCGACCGAACGCGUCGAACAGUUCGCUGGAGUACGGUCACGACGUAACGUUCCGCGAGUUCAUACAGUAUCUUCUGCGGCCGGAUUUGAGCCGCAAUUCUAACCUAUCGUUCAACGAGCACUGGGAACCGAUCAGCAAGCUGUGUCACCCAUGUUUGCUGCAGUACAACAUCAUCGGCAAGUACGAAACGUUGGUGGACGAUUCGGCCCUGGCCCUGCAUCUAGCCGGCGUCAGUGACGACAUUAAUUUUCCCAUUGCAUACAAAACGUCCGGUACCGGGGAACGGUUGCGGAAGUAUUUCAGCGACAUUCCGUUGCCGCUCAUUCAGAGUCUGUACCGGUUGUACGAGGAAGACUUUCGGUUGUUCGAUUAUAACCUGGAGGAAAUAUUGGGCUUCGAGUUGGGAUAACGACGGAUGGUAGUAUGGCAAUUGGGGACUGGGAGACUUUCGUGGACAGGUUGUAUUAUUAUGACAGAAAACAGAAAUCAAAGAUAAGGCUUAGCUUUAAAUUAAUGGCAAUGACUAAAAACAAAACGAAGGCAAUCGGUGUAUACGCUUUAACACAGGCUCUUUGGAGAGGUGUAUUAAUGUUCAAAAUUCUACGUUAAACUUGUACAUGUACAACUAUGACUAACAUUCGCAACUUAUACCAUAUUUUUAGAUGUGAUUUACGACUUCUGUUCCGUACUUAUUAAAACUAUAUUUGUUGACGACUCUGUGAUGGUAGCUCUUUAU